GAAUGUACUCUGGAAAAUGCCAAGCUUUUCUUAGAGAGACUGACAGAAACAUCGGAGCAACAGCUGCAACUGUUUGACAACCUGUUGGUGAUUGAUGAAACUGAUCAAGGAAAAGUUGUGCCAAAGUCUCAGACUACAUAUGAGUUGAUCAGACACAUGAAAUCUGGCAAGGGGUCAGAUAAAAAGAUGGAGACAAGCAAGCUGGAUGAUGUUUCACAAAUACACAAAGCAAUGUGGACUGGGAUUCCAAGUAACCAGUUUUAUAUUGGUGAGAAGCCAAGUACACUGGAAAUCACUGCAAGUGUUCAGACCUGCAAGUCAACUUUGGCUCAUUCCGCCGCAGCAGAAGCCAGGAUCAAAGCUUAUGAA